AUUCGAUCGCAUGGUUGCAACUUCAAAACAUUCAUAUAUACAGACGGGCAAGUUUUGAAGAAGAGUUUUCAAACAGCAGUGAACCAAAUCAAUUUGCCCUGGCUCAAUUUACAAAUAUACAUACAUUCAUAUAUAAACACGCUAACACGCAGACAUAAUUCCUAACCAACUGCCAACCACCAUUAGCCAACUAACUAAUCAUCGUCUACGUAGGCUGUCUCCAUCACCAUGGAAGUCGUCGUCGCUCGCCGGGGCGUCGUCGUCCUGCGGCUGCGCCACGGCGAGCCGCCGCCCAGCGCCGCCGCGCGGUCUGGCGGGCGCUGCUCGAGGCUGCUCCUCCUGUGGACGUUCGCCGUCGGCUUCGCCGCCGGGCUGUUCAUGUUCGCCAGCCACGUCUUGGCCGCCGUCGCCGCCGCCGUGCUCUUCGCCGCCAUGUGCCUGUACACGUGCCUGUGCCUGAACAACGCGGCGCCGGAGGAGGAAGAGGAGCAGCAGCAGCAGCCGCCUGUUCUGCUGCUUCCCGGUCAGGCGCUGCGCGUCGCCGUGAUGCCGCCAUCGGUGGGGCGGCUGCAGCAGCAGGAGGUCAACGGCGGCGGCGGCGGCGGAGGCCUCAGGCAGGAGGACGUCGAGGCCGCCAUCCCGGCGUUCGAGUACAGUAAGGGUUCGGGCGGCGCGGCGGAGGCGGAGCAGUGCGCCGUGUGCAUCGGAGUCGUGCGGCGGGGGGAGACGGUGCGGCGGCUGCCGGCGUGCGGGCACGCGUUCCACGCGGCGUGCAUCGACGGGUGGCUCCGCGCGCACGCCACGUGCCCCGUGUGCCGCGCCGACGUCAAGGUCGCCGCCGGCGGCGGCGGCGGAGCGCCGGUGUAGUCGUCGUCGCACACGAUGUCACGAACGAUGUACAAGCUGUUCCGUGACGGCAAGUUGAUUAAUUUCUUCGUAGUUUUUCCCCAUUUUUGUAUACUUAAUUAGUGGUUGAUAUUUUUGCAUCGUGCCACGAUGUACUUCUGAUUUGGAACAGAAGUUAAAUGUAACUUUUUUGGACAUAAAUUAACCAGCAUAGCAAAUUUCCAACAAAAUUAUAGUUGUUCAA